GAGUGUUACAAAAAGUGAGCGAAAAGGAAAGUGAAAGGGAAUUCGCUGGGAGCCCUGCCAGCCCCGGAGAAGGAGACAGGGAAGCUGGGGGACAGAGGGCAGGGACCAUGGGGCUGGGGGGUCUCCUCCUCCCCCUCCUCUUCCUCGGGGUGGCCGGUUCCCGGCUGCAGAUAGUCACAGAUCCCUCCUCCCGGGCCCUGCUGGGCUCUGGGGCGCUGCUGAAAUGUCGGUUCGACGUCGGGGGGCCAGUCGAUCUGCGCUCCCUGCGGGUUCAGUGGUUUCUGUUUGAGGAGAGGAUCGCGCAGUACGGCCAGGGCAGGGGACAAUCCCAGCCCGGAGCGAGCGUGUCGGAGCAGGAGUUGGAGACGGGGGACGCCUCCCUGUCGCUCUCCAGGGUGACGGUGUCGGAUGAGGGGCCGUAUAAAUGUGUGGUUGGUUACGGUACGGAGCAGCUGCAGGGAGAGACGACCCUCCGUGUGCUCGCUGCUCCCAGAGUCUCCAUCCCCCGGAAAGCAGGGGCGUUAAACGCAGCGAGUGCCUUCCCCUGCCACGUGCGGGGAUUCUACCCCGGGGACGUCACCGUCACGUGGCUGAGAGACGGGCGGGUUCUGACCGACGUCACCCCGUCUGCCCCCCAGAGGAACCCGGACGGGACCUUCAACCUCACCCUGACCUUCACCUUCACCCCCACCGCGAGCGACUCCGGCAGCCUCUUCUCCUGCCGCGUCAGCCACGUGGCUCUGGCUCAGCCCCUGCGGGAGGGGUUCCCCCUGGCGGUCACAGCCACUCCGAGGAUCUCCGUCCCGCAGCGAUCGGGAACGAUCUUUAGAGCGAGCUCCUUCCCCUGCCACGUGUGGGGAUUCUACCCCAGGGACAUCGCCGUCGCCUGGCUGAGAGACGGGCGGGUUCGGACUGAAUCCACAUAUUCUACCCCCGAGGGGAACCCGGACGGGACCUUUCACCUCACCCUGACCUACACCUUCACCCCCACGGCUUGGGACAGAGGCAGCAUCUUAACCUGCCGCGUCACCCACUCGGCUCUGGCUCAGCCCCUGCGGGAGGAAUUCGCCCUGACUUUCUCAUGGUUGACAGGUGACAUCGUCGUACUUGUCUCAGGGAUGCUCCUCCUCUUCGCUUUCCUAUUGCUGUUCGCAUACUGGGUCUCUCAAGGGAAGACCUACCAGACAGUUAUGACGUUCCCUUCUGUUGCUAUCCGGACCAGUGAUCUCUAGGUUACUCCAAUCCUUGACCCUGGGAGCCAGCCUUAACCUGCUCUGCUGUGAGGACCCCCACUCCUGGGCUGGUCACGCUCAGCCUCUGGCUUGUCAGCUGCUCCUUGGAUGGUGCAACCGAAUGACGCUAGUCAAUAUCUCCGGCCCCAGACACAACCCUGGGAACCUCCGUCUUGCAGUGUCCCGUUAUGCCCGCUGGACGCUGCCAGCUGGGACAAAGUCCCGAGCCUGUAUUGGUGGGUCCCGCGCUCCUGGGCGGAUUCAGUGGCCUCAGAAACUCGAUAAGGCCCCAAGGUGACCUCCCUUUCUCAGUGUAGCGGCCAGCGUCAUAGCCUCCGGAGUUACUUUCAUCACCGGGCAGUAUGGGAGAUGGGAAGGGGGAUUACCCCACAGUCUCUGGUACUCCCUAGAGCUCAGUAGGUGCAAUUCGGCCUCCUGCCUGGACCGAGUCCUGCUUCCCUUCUCCAGGGGAUCUCUGUAGAGUAUGGGGGGAGUUUGGUCUGUGCUCACAUUGCUAAGGCAAUUGGUUGGUAUAUUAUUCUCAAGCCUCCCCAGGAAAGGGGGUGAAAGGGCUUGCGGGGAUAUUUUGGGGUGGGAUAGGGCUCCAAGUGGCCUCUCCCUGAAUGUUUGUGUAAAUCACUUGGUGGUGGCAGCAAUGGACCGUCCAAGGACAAGAAGGGAUUUGUGUUUUGGGGAAGUUUUUAACCUAAGCUGGUAGCAAUAAGCCUAGGGGGUCUUUCAUGCAGGUCCCCACAUCUGUACCCCAGAGUGGGCAGGGAACCCUGACAGGGGUGCUGGGUGUUCCCCCGAGGUACAGAGUAUCACACUAGUUACACCUUGACCCAAACUGUCACCGGCUGGUUUUCUCUCUCCAGUCUGGGCUAGUCGAAGUCAUUACCCUUACAUCAGCGUUUGCUUGUACCAUUCCACAGACACCACCCGAAACCAUCCACAUUAAACGAACAAAGCCCAGUCGAUAGUUAUCCCAUUCAGCAUCUUUCAGUACCACGCUUCAGUACAUAUGGAACAUCCCAAAUUAUUCAUUGGCGUCACCUUUACUAACUAAGGGGGGAGCAUCUUGUAACCCCCGUAUUCCUCAGCUGUAUAUAAUGGUGAUAUUGCAUAUAAAGCAGGAUGUGACAAAGUGGGACUGUUCUUAAUGUUUCCUCUGAAUAGUGUGGGGGUGCCUCAGUUUCCCCUAGGCAGUUCUUAAGUCUCUAGGGGGUGGGGUAAGGGUGUAUGAUCAUUGCAGAGCCCUAGAGGGCAGGGUGUGGCAGGGGUCUGGACACAGAGAAUGGCCGACACCCUGUUUCCUGGCAACUGAUGGCCUGGGCCCUUCCCCCCUGCAAGGUGAGAGCUAAAGGGUAGGAGAACAAAGGAAUCAGGUGACCUCCUGGCCCAGGAAAGGGACAAAGCCCAGGGGAGGAGGGGCUGGGGGAAGUUUCAGUUUGGGGCUGGCUGAGACAUGGAGUGAAGUGCAGACGUGGUUGUCUGCUCACUGCCCCCAAAAUGGACCCAGCUGAGGGGUCCUGUUCUCUGCACCUACAAGCUCUGUGUUAGACCAUGUUCCUGUCGUCUAAUAAACCUUCUGUUUUACUGGCUGGCUGGCUGAGAGUCACGUCUGACUGUGGAGUUGGGGGGGCAGGACCCUCUGGCCCCCCCAGGACCCGGCCUGGGUGGACUCACUGUGGGAAGUGCACGGAGGGGCAGAGGAGGCUGAAGGCUCCGAGGUCAGACCCAGGAAGGUGGAGCUGGGUGAGCUGUGUGUCCUGCAAACAGGCUGCUCCCAGAGAGGAGACUUCCCCAGAGUCCUGACUGGCUUCAUGGGAAGCAGUUCCAGAGCAUCGCCCAGGGACUCCGUGACAAUGUGAGGUAUCAGGGGAAAGGUUAUGAUCUGCUGAAAGUCAUUUCUCUAUCCAUAGAUGUGUAUCAUUAAUGCAUAUGAAGUUAUGAGAUUGUGUGGUAUGGUUGUCACUAAAACAUACUGUAAGUUGGGGAAUCAGCCAGAUAUUAGCUCCCCCGAGGCAACAGCAAGGAAAGUAACCAGCAUCCAGGCUGGGUGUCAAUCAACCCAUCAGCAGCCAUUGUCCAGCAAGGGAGCUACAAUGCAAUGACUCACCUGCAUGAGGCCACACCAGAGGAAUUGCUCAACCUGGCCUGGAGACUCAGCAAUGCCCCCAGACAUGCCUGGACUUGUGCUCUCCAAGCACGUGGGGCUGAGGGUAUAAAACAGACACAGGGGCCCCAUGCUGGGCCUUCCUCCUUCCCCCACCUACGCUGCAAGCAACAAGCACACUCUGAAGACUCCAACUGAGGGGACUGGCCCAGAUUUCAAGGGUGAAAUCUGUGUACUAGGAUCCGCAAUAUCCAGUGGGGUGAGAAAAACUCCUUAAUCUAGAUGUUGGGCAGUCUAAUCGGGUUGAGAGUUUAGGCUGCGUGCUGAUAUUUUAUUUGAUUUUGGUAACGAACUCUGACUUUUUGCCUCUCAUUUAAUAUCACUUAAAAUCUAUCUUUUGUAGUCAAAAAAAUUGUUUAAUGGUUUAUCCUUACCAGUGAGUUUGUACAAAGUGUGUGGUAAAUCUGCUCAGGUUUGCAAAGGCUGGUGUACAUCCACUUUCCACUGAUAAAGUGGGGAACCAAUUAAUAAAUCUGCAUUGCUUGUCUUGAGCAGUGCAAGACGGCA